UUGUUUGGAAAGCUCAAAUAGAUGCUGGUUUGAGACUCCCUCCUCCUAUUCUGCUGGUUGAUGUUUGUAACUAUUUUCACAUCCCCUUUUUUCAAGUCGCUCCUUCUGCCAUUCGGAGAUUAUAUGCCUUUCACGUUUUGUGCCGCGCUCACGGUGUUGGGGACACCGCCAAAUUGUUCUGUCAGACCCAGACUCUCCGCAUGCAGGGCAAUCCCCUGUAUAGCUUUGCUGCUCACCCGAAAUAUCCUACCACCUUCCUUUCCUCUCUGAAUUCUUUCGAUAAGGGUUUCCUGAAAUAUUAUUGUUAUGUGCGCACCCCUUUCGGCAACUGGCGCGAUUAUGGUGCUUCGGAGCUGGAAUGGCAUACAAGUCGCACUACUUAUAAACCAGCCUCUUCCGAAGUCCCUUCUACUCGUGACCAGAAUAUUAUAGCUCACCUUAAUGCUAUGAAUAAGGCCCACCCUCUAGACUGUAGGUACCUGGCCGAGAACAAUUCCUCUCUGGCAUAUAAUGGUCUGUUUCCCCUGUAUCCAGAGAGAUCAAUAGAUAUGUCUUGGAGAUCGAAAUGUGGGGACAAUUUGCCUGACACCCCUUCUCUUGCUGGCCGAGGAGCACAUGGCUCGGGCGGUUCUGCUUCCAGAACAAGUCCCUCGGAGCAGCCUGCUGGUUCCCAACUGAUCCCCAUUCCCCCUGUAGUUGAAAUCCCAGAGGGGAAUGUGGAAGCCUCGCGCCCCUUUGAUGCGGAGGAAGUUGAUGCGGGUGCUCUUGUUCACAGGGGGAGGCACUCCAGUGCUGGUGAUGCCGCUGGCACCCGUGAAGAAGAUGUCCAAGUCGUGGAUAUCACCGAUGAGAUUCCUUCACCUGAUUCGGCUCCCGAUGCCACCCUUGCUGAUCUUACGAAGAAGAGGAAGAGAGGUUCCCUGAUCUCUGUGGGUGAGAAGGAGAGACAGGAGGGCCUAAAAAAGGCUGGCAAGUCCUCAGAGCCAGCGAGGAGGUCUGCUGGUGGUGUGAAGAUUCUCACUCCUGCUGGGGACAAGGGCAAAGGGCCAGCGAAGAAGUCAGCUGGUAGUUCCAAGGCUCUCCCCUCUGCCGGUGGAAAGGGUAAGGGCAAAGCUGUGGUGCCCUCGGCUGACGAACCAGAGGAUCUUGUUCCUGGGCCGAUUUCGAGUCUGUCGGGGCAGAAAUUAAUUGAUGCUUUGAUAGCUCGUGUCCAUUCUCAGGAUCAGGAAAAGAUGGAGGCGCUGACGCGCGGGGCUUUGGCUACUAAGUUGUGCCAGCUGGCUCUUCAGAUGGAAUCCGGGAUUUGUGGAAGCUCAGAACCGUGCGUACGUCCUGGGGGCUCGAGAUCAACGCUUGGAGUACUUCUUGUCUCCGCGAGGCCAACACUUCCUGGGGGUGAUGCUGGAAGGCACUCUGGAGUCUUUCAAAAAGACUCCCGAAUACUUGGCAGAUUUCGGACCUCUUUUCGCUUAUGUGAUAGAGCAAACAGCUUCCAAGGCAUUGGAGAUGGCGGGGGCCACCCCAGAACAACUUGCCACUUUGAGUUUCAGAGCCCUGAUGGAUAACCUCCAAGACGAGGAGAUAAACAAACGGAUGGGCAUCCCUGAACACUCUCCAGAGAAGCCAGAGUGGUGGUAUCCAGUGCUAGAGAAAGCCAUUCCCUACUUUUCUCUUGGGAUUGGAUCUGACUCGCUGCCCUCUGCUCCCAUGUAUGCGCCUGCGUUCUCUGCUUCUCUGAUGAACUUUGUGAACCGGCUAUGGGAUC